GCAACAGUGACGCGCAGCCCCGCACUACACUUGAGCUCUGGCUCCUCGCUCCGUCCACACCACGCACCCCGACACUCCGCACUGAGCUCAGUCGCAGUGAGCUCCCGGGUCUCCAGCGAGGCGGAGGAGGAGAGAGUGGCGGCCGGCGUGGGCUCCCGCCGAGGCUCUCCGCGGCGCCUCGGCGCAAUGCUGGCCUUCCCCGGGGGCAGAUCGGGCGAGUCGAGUUUCCGGCUCUCGACCGGCGUCUCCCACGCGUGAUUCUUGGGGGAGGUUGGAUCUUGAGGCGGAAGGCGCUGGAGGGAGAGUGGGAGACGGCCGUUUCUUGAUUUUCUGCUGACCAAAGAGGUUAAGAGGAGUGACGUGCUGAUGGGAAAGAUUGUAUAGUCGUGCUGAAUCCAAUUCUCUUCUAUCAAGUCUCAACCAUGCAACAACUUACAGUUAUAGCUUUUGUGGCUGCUUCUUUCCUCUUUGCAAACAUUCGUCAUGCUAAAAGUGCUGAUAUAAACUCUGACAAGCAGGCUCUUCUUGCAUUUGCCGCAUCACUGCCUCAUGGCAGGAAGCUCAAUUGGAGCUUCACCACCCCUGUCUGCACUUCUUGGGUGGGGGUUACAUGCACACCAGAUAAGAGCCGUGUACAAACACUACGCCUACCUGCUGUAGGACUCUUCGGUCCAAUACCCUCGGACACCCUUGGAAAGCUUGAUGCCCUGGAGGUAUUGAGCCUUAGGUCCAAUCGCCUUACUGUUGACCUCCCUCCUGAUGUAGGAUCGAUUCCUGCCCUCCACUCCCUUUACCUUCAGCAUAAUAACCUAUCUGGAAUCAUACCAACUUCCCUCUCUUCCAGUUUAACAUUCCUAGACCUGUCGUACAACACUUUCGAUGGAGAAAUCCCAUUAAAAGUGCAAAAUCUCUCUCAACUUAUUGCAUUGCUUCUCCAGAACAAUUCACUUUCUGGACCCAUCCCUGACCUCCAACUCCCCAAAUUGAGACACUUAAAUUUGAGCAACAAUAACCUCAGUGGGCCCAUCCCGCCUUCCCUGCAAAAAUUCCCAGCAAGUUCCUUCUUGGGGAAUGCUUUUCUGUGUGGGUUUCCAUUGGAACCAUGUUCUGGAACUGCACCUUCUCCUUCUCCACCAUCACCCAGCAAGACCAAGAAGAGCUUCUGGAAAAAGAUCAGCAGGGGUGUGAUGAUUGCAAUUGCUGCUGGAGGAGGGGUAUUGUUGCUUAUUUUAAUUCUCUUGCUCUUGAUAUGUAUUUUCAAGAGAAAGAAACACACUGAACCUACCACAGCUUCAUCCAAAGGAAAAGCUGUUGCGGCUGGUAGGGCAGAAAACCCUAAGGAAGACUACAGCAGUGGUGUUCAGGAAGCAGAGAGGAAUAAGUUGGUUUUCUUUGAGGGCAGUUCAUAUAAUUUUGACUUGGAGGAUUUGCUGAGAGCUUCUGCUGAAGUUCUUGGAAAAGGAAGUUGUGGAACCACCUACAAAGCUGUUCUUGAGGAUGGCAUCACAGUUGUGGUCAAGAGAUUGAAGGAAGUGGUGGUGGGCAAGAAAGACUUCGAACAGCAGAUGGAGAUAAUUGGCAGGGUUGGCCAACACCAAAAUGUUGCUCCAUUGCGCGCUUACUACUACUCCAAGGACGAGAAGCUAUUUGUGUAUGACUAUGUCCAGUCUGGCAGCCUUGCUGCUGUUUUGCACGGGAAUAAAGCUGCUGGAAGAGAUCCAUUGGACUGGGAAACAAGAGUAAAGAUAUCUCUUGGUGUUGCUCGAGGCAUUGCUCAUCUUCAUGCAGAGGGAGGUGGGAAGUUCAUCCAUGGAAACAUUAAAGCAUCGAACGUCCUUCUGUCACAGAACCACGACGGUUGUGUCUCCGAGUUUGGCUUGGCACAACUCAUGACCGCCUCACAGACUCCCACACGGCUUGUUGGAUACCGUGCACCUGAAGUCCUUGAGACUAAAAAAUCAACUCAGAAGUCUGAUGUCUACAGCUUCGGUGUUUUGCUCCUUGAAAUGCUAACUGGAAAAGCCCCUCUCAGAUCUCCAGGAGGGGAGGAUUCUAUCGAGCACCUUCCAAGAUGGGUGCAGUCUGUGGUUCGGGAAGAAUGGACCGCUGAGGUCUUCGAUGUGGACUUGUUAAGGCAUCCCAACAUCGAGGAUGAGAUGGUUCAGAUGCUCCAGGUUGCAAUGGCAUGCGUGGCCAUUGUCCCCGAUCAGCGGCCUAAAAUGGAGGAGGUGAUCAGGAGGAUUACGGAUAUCCGGAACUCCUACUCUUCAGGGACAAGGACGCCCCUGGAGGACAGGCCGAAGGAUGAGACUGUCCAAGCGCCAUGAGGAAACAGGAUAGUUUUUCAACGCUAGCUAGUUUGCAUAGUUACCUGCUUAUAGAGCUUCAACAAAGUUGAUGGCCGCCUGCGUAGCGCAGUUUCUGUUGAUUCGCGGUCGUUCUUCAGUAAAUUCGUUGUGCAUUUUUUUAACGCUAGUGAUCUCAUAAUCCCUGCAAUUGUUUCGGUUCAGUUAAAUCAGUAGCUCUUCUGAUUUUCAUAGGGUGAUGUUCUGUAAUUUGACAUAAUUUCUGGAACGUGAUUAAUGAGUUAAAUUCCCCUUGCCCUUUCU